CCAGCUGCUGAUCUCGCUGUUGACAAUAAAAGCAGAUAUGCUCCUUGUGCACUGCCAUUAGCAAUGACCAUGACCCUUCACACCAAAACCUCUGGAGUUACCCUGCUGCACCAGAUCCAAGGCACGGAGCUGGAGACACUGGGCAGACCUCAGCUGAAGAUCCCCCUGGAAAGAUCGCUCAGCGACAUGUACGUGGAGGGCAACAAGACUGGGGUUUUCAACUACCCAGAAGGGGCCGCUUACGACUUUGCUACUGCCGCGCCCGUGUACAGCUCUACGACUCUCAGUUAUGCCCCUACUUCUGAGUCCUUCGGGUCCAGCAGCCUGGCAGGAUUUCACUCGCUGAACAAUGUCCCACCAAGCCCCGUCGUUUUCUUGCAGACGGCACCCCAGCUCUCCCCCUUCAUCCAUCACCACGGCCAACAGGUCCCCUAUUACCUUGAGAACGACCAGGGCAGCUUUGGAAUGAGGGAAGCUGCUCCCCCAGCUUUCUACAGGCCAAGCUCUGAUAACAGGCGCCACAGCAUCCGGGAGAGGAUGUCCAGUACCAGCGAGAAAGGGAGCUUGUCCAUGGAGUCCACCAAGGAGACGCGGUACUGUGCUGUGUGCAACGACUAUGCCUCAGGCUACCAUUAUGGGGUCUGGUCCUGUGAGGGCUGCAAAGCCUUUUUCAAACGGAGUAUUCAAGGGCACAAUGACUACAUGUGUCCAGCUACUAACCAAUGCACCAUUGACAAAAACAGAAGAAAGAGUUGCCAGGCUUGCCGACUAAGAAAAUGCUAUGAAGUGGGAAUGAUGAAAGGUGGAAUCCGUAAAGACCGCAGAGGUGGGCGAAUGAUGAAACAAAAACGUCAAAGAGAAGAGCAGGACUCCAGGAAUGGAGAGGCUUCUUCUACAGAGCUGAGAGCUCCCACCCUUUGGACAAGUCCGCUUGUGGUUAAACACAACAAGAAGAACAGUCCAGCCCUGUCCCUGACAGCGGAGCAGAUGGUCAGUGCCUUGCUGGAAGCUGAGCCACCCAUUGUAUAUUCUGAAUAUGACCCCAAUAGACCUUUCAAUGAAGCCUCUAUGAUGACCCUGUUGACCAACCUUGCAGACAGAGAAUUAGUGCACAUGAUCAACUGGGCAAAAAGAGUUCCAGGAUUUGUGGAUUUAACACUCCAUGAUCAGGUCCAUCUACUGGAAUGUGCCUGGUUAGAGAUACUGAUGAUUGGCUUAGUCUGGCGCUCCAUGGAACAUCCGGGAAAGCUUUUAUUUGCACCUAACCUAUUACUGGACAGGAAUCAAGGGAAAUGUGUAGAGGGCAUGGUGGAAAUCUUUGACAUGCUGCUGGCUACUGCUGCUCGGUUCCGCAUGAUGAAUCUUCAGGGGGAGGAAUUUGUGUGCCUUAAGUCCAUCAUCCUGCUCAAUUCUGGUGUGUACACUUUUCUUUCCAGCACCUUGAAAUCCCUGGAAGAGAAAGACUAUAUUCACCGUGUUCUGGACAAAAUCACAGAUACUCUGAUACACUUAAUGGCUAAGUCGGGUCUUUCCCUGCAGCAGCAACACAGGCGGCUGGCUCAGCUCCUGCUCAUCCUCUCCCACAUCAGGCACAUGAGCAACAAAGGAAUGGAGCACCUGUACAAUAUGAAGUGCAAAAACGUAGUUCCUCUCUAUGAUCUCUUGCUGGAGAUGCUGGACGCUCACCGACUGCAUGCCCCGGUGGCCAGGAGUGCUGCACCGAUGGAAGAGGAGAACCGGAGCCAGCUGACAACUGCAUCGGCCUCGUCGCAUUCCUUACAGUCUUUUUACAUGAGCAAUAGAGAAGAGGAGAAUAUGCAGAAUACAAUAUAAAAAGAAUAAGUUCAUGUAAUGGUAUGAGAAACCCAGCAGCGUACUACCUAG